AUGGCUCAUGGCAUGCUCCGGCGCACUACGAGCCACUCGGUCGAUCCCUCGAAGAAAGGGGCUAUGAUGUCGUUUGUCCUCAGCCGCCGAGCUGGCAUAACGACCCACCCACGACAGCGCUCAAAGCAGAUGCGGACGCGAUUCAUCGUCGCCGCGCAUUCAUCUGGAUGUGUCAUCGCCUCCGAGGCGAUCAGCGCUUUUUACGGGCGUAAAGCGCGUUCUGGGGAACAUAAAGAGGGUGGGGUGCUACAUAUCGUCUAUAUGUGUGCGCUUGUGGUCGAAGAGGGCAUGUCUGUGGCUGACCAGUGGGGUCUGGUUCCGGAAGGGCUUACGGACGGUUUGGAUAUAACCAGAAACUUUGAUAUGUUCGAGACCCGGCGCAGCAACGUCUUCGAUGAUGUACCUAACGACGAGCUGGAGCGUUGUCGGUACGUCCAGAAGCUGCAUUACCCUGUGACGUAUGUUUUCUGCACCGAGGACAACGUAUGGCCGCACGACUACUACCAGAAAGCCUCUGUGCGAAACAUCCUCGUUGAAUAUGGAGCGGUAGUGGCGGAGAAGACCCUCGGGAGUGGACGUUCGCCAUUUAUCACUCAUCUGGACGAGCUUGUGAACAUUGUGGACGAGAUUGUAAAAGUGGCUUAUUAG